AGAAUAGGCUCCUGUGUGGAGAAAAGACUACUUUGUUUUCACCGGGUACUUCCUGCACUGUCUCUCAGCAAAAAUCACUGCAUUGCUUGGAUGUGUUGUGUUCUUUGGCAAUUGCAGAAGGGAUCCUGAGUCAGACCUUUUGAAACGCUUGCAUUAGAGAUCAGAAACUACAUAAUGCCUGAUGUAUUUGAUGGUAGAUAAGAAGACCAGAACCUGCCUGCUCCUUCGUAAUGCUCUGUCACCAGAGCUAUCUCCUAAAAUACUAAAUAUAGGUUGAGUCAGGGAAAACAAGUGCUUGAGUGGAAGGGCGGAGCGGAUUCAGUCAGUUGAUGCUUCUGGAGAGUUGAUAAAUAGCUGGUCUAUCAGCCAAAUAGUGGAUGUGCUAAUCUGCAAAAAUUAGCCAGGUGCAGAGUGCUGCUCUGCUGGGUGGGUGGCAGUGCAUAGCUUCUGGGUUAAUAAGAUGAAGUCAGUGUGAUUUGUUUUGUUUUGUUUUGUUUUUAAAUCUGUUUCUGAAGUCAGAGCGUCUGUGCAGUGGAACAGAUAAGUGAGUGACAUUCCAGUGGAGGUGGCUCGAAAUAAAAGCCUCUUGCUGAGCCUCUCUCGUUCUUUGAACUGUCGAAGCCUUGCCAGCAUUCAGCCUGAGGCUGAGGUGCUCAGUAUCACCUCCACGCGGGGUGGGGGAGGGCAUCAGGGAGGUAGUCUUACUUUUGUUUUGCUGAGGAACUGAGGGGAUGGGACUGCAGCCAGCUCCUAGACCAGGCAGUAAUGACAGCAGCCUUUUCUAAAAGCAGUAAACUCAGUGGAAGGAAUGGCCAGAGGCUUCCUGCCCAGCUUUGGGGUGGUCAAGGCAGGAAUGAGGCAUCACCGUCCGGGCAGUGAUAUCCAGAAAAAAGCCCUACAGCCCGUUGGCGGUGCGUAGCGCGAGGCGGGCCGGGAGGGGACAGCCGCGAGCCGUUCUGCGGCGCGCAAGAUGGCGGCCGCACACAAGAUGGCGGCGGCGAGGAGACGGCGGCUGCUGCCCGCCUGGAUGGGGGCGGCGGGGGAAGGCGAGCGGCGGGCGGGGAUGCCGGGCCGGGUCGGGCGGCGGCGGCGACAGAAAGCGGCGGCUGAGCCCAGGGCAGCGACCGUGUACUGCAUGAACGAGGCGGAGCUGGUGGACGUGGCGCUGGGCGUGCUGGCCGAGAGCUUGCAGCGCGAGGGAGCUGAGGAGAAGGCCCGCAGCGGGAGCAAAGAGGAACAGGACCUUCAGCAAGUGGAACAGGAGCUCCAGGCAGCACCGAGCCGGGCUCCCGGAGGCACAGCCUGCAUGGAGGAAGGCAGCGACCACAGCCCAGGCCCCCCGUCUUCUUCUGGUGCCAGCACGGAUGCAGAGAGGACUGGCCUUGAUGACUCUGAUGAUGAUGCUCUGAAAUACGUCAGGGAGAUCUUCUUCACUUAGCAUUGCCUCUACACACCUAUGCAGGCAGGACGGGGGUAGGAGGGCACAGUCCAUCAAGAAGGAAGAUUGGAUACCCUCAGAGAGGGCAUCCCUGGGUCACGUGUCCGGCAGCGUCCUGUUGGUCUCCCUUAUGCUUGCAUCUUGUCACUGUGGCACUACAAACCCUCACAGACAGCAAUAAAGGGAGUGAAGGAAUGCAGUUACUGCGCAAACUCAAGGAUGGCAAAGUAUGCUGGGCACUAAUGGGAGCCUGAGCUGAGUCUGAGCUCAUUGCGAGCUCCAAGCUUGUGUUGGAUGGGACCAAAUACAGGGCAGUAAAGAAGGGGCUGCAUACUUGCUAUGAGCAUGAAUUUCCUGUCAGCUAAGCUGUGGACCUGCAGCCCACCUGUAAGUGGGAUUCCUCUGAUGCUAGCUGCUGGAAAAGUCAAGGUUCAGCUCGUAGUGAGAACAUCCCAAGGAAGAUCGAUACCAGCAAGGUGGUUCAUAUCAUGUGGGUAAGAGUGGUAACUCAUGCACAAAUGUUACUUGGAAUAAAGAUUUGAAGAAAAAAUUUUUUGUAAGUACCUGCUUAGCUUCAGUGGAGAAGAACUAAAUAAACUUUUUUUCUUGUUUUUACCUGGCU